AUGAACAUCACUUUCGCAUCUUUCGAGACAUCGCCCCUCCAAUGGAUCUUGAUGGGCACAUUCAUCCUGGCAAUCUGGUACGUCACUACCGCCAUUCUGUCAUGGUAUCGCCUUUGUCAUAUUCCCGGUCCCACUCUGGGAUCGUUCUCCUACCUCUGGCUCUUGCGCAUCGCUGGCAGCGCCCGUCAGGAGGACAUCUACCGAACCAUCAACGACCGCUACAACAACCGCCUCGUCCGCGUCGGGCCGAAUGAGCUACUGACCGAUGACCCGGAAGUGUUGCGACGCAUAAACGCUGUGCGCAGCGACUACGGUAAGGACCCGUGGUACUGGUCCAGUCGCUUCAACCCGUAUCAAGAGACCAUGAUCACGACAAUUGACAAGAAUUUGCACGACAAGAUGAAGGCCAAAACGGCGGCCGGGUACGCGGGGCGUGAGGUCGAUUUGCUGGAGCCGAGCGUCAACGAGCAGGUUGUCAAAAUGAUCAAACUCCUGCGGAACAGCUAUGCAGAACCGGGCCGGCUGGUUGACAUGGGGUCACUGUCCUCGUACUUGACCAUGGAUGUCAUUACUACGGCGGCAUUUGGUAAGCCUUUUGGGCAUCUAGAGGCAGAUGCGGAUGUUUUUGGCUUCAUUGCACAAAUGAGGGACAACUGGCCAGUUGUGGCCCUCACUUUGGAUGCCCCGCUGAUCCGCGCUGUUCGAUUCUCGAAGUUGUUUUUAAGGUUGCUGGGCCCGAGGCCCACUGACAAGCAUGGCAUCGGGCAGAUGAUGGGUGUUGCCGAGAGACAAGUUGGUGAGAGGUUCAAGUCCACCUCGGAACCAAAAAGAGACAUGCUGGGAUCUUGGAUCAAGAACGGCAUGACUAAGGAGGAAUGCGAAGCUGAAGGCCUCUUUGCCCUGAUCGCUGGCUCGGAUACUACCGCCUCUGUGAUUCGUAUCACCAUGCUACACCUCAUGUGCAACCCCAGGGUGUACCACAAGUUCAAGGAUGUUAUUCGGGAAGCCAUCAAGUCCGGCGUAUCGACACCCAUUACGGCGGAGCAGGGUGGCAAGAUCCCAUUCCUACGCGCUCUGAUUUACGAAGGAAUUCGAAUCCGUGCGCCUGCAACAGGACUAUAUCCCAAAGCAGUUCCCCCGCAAGGGGACAUCAUCGACGGUAAGUUCAUUCCUGGCGGCACCGCCAUUGGCAUGAACGCACCAGGGAUGCUCAAGUCGCGGGCUAUAUUCGGCCCAGAUGCGGAUCUAUUCCGACCCGAACGUUUCUUGGAGGAGGACAACACAACCAGAACCAGUCUAGAGCGUGAAGUAGAAAUGGCAUUCGGUUACGGUCGGUACAUGUGUGCUGGAAAACCGGUGGCGUUCAUGGAGCUUUACAAGGCUUUCUUCGAGUUGAUGCGCAACUUCGAUUUUGAGCUUGCAGAUCCAGUCAGACCGUGGGACUCUUACAGUUACAACAUCUUCGUCGAAGAAAAUAUGUGGGUGAAGGUAGUGGCGGGAGAAAUCAUGUAA